AAACAGUGCCGUGUCCCUUUAAAAACGUCUGACAAAAAAGCCCAUAUGAUCCCCGAGCUCCAAUCACCAAUUCCUUCUGCAAAAGCAGCCUCUGCAUUUUUGUCUGUCUGAAUGCUACAGCAGCAGCACGGGGGAGAAAAAGAUUGAGGGAGCAGGCAAAAGCUGAAGAAAUGUGACAAAUCAACGGUCAUUUUCAUGGCGGAGGGGAAACCGGUGCGAAAGGAGUUAUUCUGGGACUCCUUUGAGCCUCGAAACGCUGGAUCAAAAUGCUCAUAGUGGAGAAGACCACAGACUUCCCCUCUGCUGAGUUCUCUCUGGUGGAGGAUGUGGCUCUGCACUUCACCUGUUUGAUGGACAGGCUGAACGAGCAGCGCCUCUUCCAGCCUGACCUGUGUGACGUUGACAUCGUUCUGGUGCGUCAGCACAGCACCUUCCCGGCCCACAAGGGUGUGCUGGCAGCCUACAGCCCUUUCUUCCACUCUCUUUUCGCCCAAAGCAAACAGCUGCGGCGGGUCGACCUGUCGCUGGACGCUCUGACCUCUCAGGGCCUGCAGCAAAUCCUCAACUUCAUUUACACUUCCAAACUGCUGGUGAGCAGCCGCACUGUCCGCGACGUGCUCAACGCCGCCACCCUGCUUCAGAUGAGCGACAUCGCAGCCUCCUGUCGCGACCUCAUCAGCAGCCACUCGCUGAGAACCACCUGCGCGGAUAUGGCCAAUCAGGAAGGGCUCGGCAGCAGUGACCCAGCUGCUGUAGCGAUGCCCCCCGGCCAGCUGUACCGGGAGAUCAAACAGGAGUCAGAGCUGGGCAGGGUGUACACCAGGGAAGGCAGCAGCCCGUUUUCUGUCAGAGUGGAGGAGGCUGGAAAGACGGCCUCUCAGACGAAGCAGUACUACCAGAAGGAGGAGGGCUCGGGAGGCGGAGGCAGCACAGGUGUAGCUGCUUUGUGUAAGAUGGAAGGAAACGAAGAUGAGUCAAAGACCACAGACGGCCACGCCUCCUUCAACCGAGACCAGAUCAUCGUUGAAGUCAACCUCAACAACCAGACCCUCAACGUGUCAAAGGGAUCGGAGGGUAAAUCAGCCACUGCCGCAGAGACCGCCACCAUAUUUGGCCGUUGCCAUGACAACGACCAAGACUCAGAAGGCGAUGAGGAGAACGAAGUGGAGAAUGAUGACGCAGUUGGAGAAGAGGAUGAUGAAGACCUGAAGAGGGGCGACAUACUGGGGCAGAGCAGCGAAGACGAAGAUGAAGAGGAAGAUGAGGAGGAGGAGGAGAACACCUUAAACAUUCCAGGCUUGGAGCAGCCAGCCAUGAUGGAACGACCUCGCCGGGGCACCAGAGCUCUAGCCAUGGCGGGAACCACGGCCUCCAUGCGGCAGACGCUUGCAGAGGCCACCCUGGCCAACCAGCGGCAGGGAGGGAAGAGGACGCUGGACGCUGAGGCUCUGGGCCAGAAGGUCAGGCUGGAGGAGAAGCAGCACUUCCCGUGUAAGAAGUGUCCUCGAAUCUUCAACAACCGCUGGUACCUGGAAAAACACAUGAACGUCACCCACAACCGCAUGCAGAUCUGCAAUAACUGCGGGAAACGCUUCCUGCUGGAGAGCGAGCUGCUGCUGCACCAACAGACCGACUGUGAGAAGAGCAUCCAGUGUGUGACGUGCGGCAAGGCCUUCAAGAAGCUCUGGUCGCUACACGAGCACAACAAGAUCGUCCACGGCUACGCCGAGAAGAAGUUCUCCUGCGAGAUCUGCGAGAAGAAGUUUUACACCAUGGCUCACGUCAGGAAGCACAUGGUCGCCCAUACGAAGGACAUGCCGUUCACCUGUGAGACGUGUGGGAAGUCGUUCAAGCGCAGCAUGUCCCUGAAGGUUCACUCUCUCCAGCACUCAGGAGAGAAACCCUUCAAGUGUGAGAACUGCAGUGAGCGCUUCCAGUACAAAUACCAACUGCGCUCCCAUAUGAGCAUCCACAUUGGACACAAGCAGUUCAUGUGCCAGUGGUGCGGAAAGGACUUCAACAUGAAGCAGUACUUCGACGAACACAUGAAGACACACACUGGAGAGAAGCCGUACAUCUGUGAGAUCUGUGGGAAGAGCUUCACCAGCCGACCCAACAUGAAGCGCCACCGCCGCACCCACACUGGAGAGAAGCCGUACCCCUGUGAAGUUUGCGGCCAGCGCUUCCGCUUCUCCAACAUGCUCAAGGCCCACAGGGAGAAGUGCUUCCGCGUCAGCAACCCCAUGGUGGCCGACGGCAGCGACCCCCUCGGCCUCGACCGGCCCCUGGUCUCGCCGGCCUCGGACUCUUCCGGUCAGGUCCAGCUGGGGACGGCGCUCCCCGCCACAUCUGUGACCACACCCGCUGCUUCCUCCAACCCCCACCCGCUCCACGGCACCCAGCUGUCUCUCCCCCUGCUGCACUCCAUGGGGGGUCUGCCUCCCACCCCGCAUUUACCGCCACCGCCUCCCCUGUUCUCUGCUGGUAGGAUGAACUCCAACAACUAACAAAUCUCUGUAGCAUUGAAAGCACUUUGUUACUUUUGUUUCCUUGUUUUUCUUUGAGCUUUUAAGAAGACUCCUGCAGCGGGAGAGCGAUGCACCUCAGUGGCGUUAACUGAGGAGGGAAAACUGAAAAAAAAGGCUACACGGAGGCCUCGUAAAAAAACACACACACACCUACCACAAGAAGAAAUAGUUAUUUUUUACUCUGUUGAAUACAAUAGCUAACCUCAGAGUCCAGUAGGACGUGUCAUCAUCACUCUUCUGCUCACGAAUUUCACAGCUCUGUCCUGGUUUUCUUUUGAGAUUUUUCCGACACCACACACAUCUCUCGAGAGCCUUGCACAAUGCAUUGAUUGUAGCGUGUUUUACAAAACGGGAGGAAGAGUUUCCUAAAUCUUCACUCAUGGGGGGGAGGGAGGGAUCAUCAGUUAAGCAAGAACCACACUAUGACGAAGAAAAAAAGAAGAUUUAUUUUUCAUUCUCUGCCAAGAUGUAGCGAGUGGUUCUGGUCUGACCCAGCAAUAACCAAAUGCUGAUUUGUCUUUGAGCAUAUACAUGUGUAUGGCGUUGCCAAUAACCAAAUCCUGUUAGCUCACCUGCUAUAGUUAGGUAAUGUUAUACAGCAUUUAUAAUCGAUCCUGCACCUUACAUUUAACUCCAGUGAUAUUUAAAAUGUACUCCUAACUGUCUUCAUUUUUAUAAUUGUGAUAGUGUGUAAUUCGUGGCACGUUACGUCAAUUUCUAAGGACAUAAGAGAAGUUGUGAUGUGUGGCGAGUCGGCCGUGCAAUGCAGUGUGUGGUGUUUGUGACGGUGUGCGUGUGAGAUGCAGAGACUGGAGGUGAGAAUCCUCAGAUCUACGUUCAGCUAAUCAGCGCUUGAGCUUCCCAGAGUCAGGAGACGGAGGAAUUUGUUGACUCUCAUCUUUUGCUUACAUUAAGCAAGCGCGCUCUUCUCCUGCAGAUUUGGCUUUGAGACGAUAUGGCACUUUUCUGUGACUUGUUAGUAAAAACCUAAUGUACUCGGACCUACAGUAUAUUUGUAGGUUUAAAAUCUAAUGUUCGUGUCAGUGUAACUUACAGCUCAUUUCCCGACUAAACCCGAUCUGUGUAAUUAGUUUGCAGAAUAUCAAGAGUGUAGGGAUAGAAAUAUUCACAAAAACCAUGCUUACAUAGCUGAAUUAAGCAAUCCAUAUUGUGAAAGAAUAAGCAUUACAUUAUAUUCCAAUGCCUAAAUCUCUUAAAGAGCACUGACAGUGAUUAAUUUUGGCACAACAGAGCUUGUCACCAAAAGGCCUCCUUACUGUUAAAUCGCUAUUAAAAGAUAGCGAUUCUUUUUUUUUUGUUAAAUCAAUGAUCUGUAGCAGUUAAUUAAAACUGGGGAUGUGCCGAAAAAUCUGUGGCUCUGUGUACACUUUUGACAAUUAUGUGAGUAGAUCUAAAAAGAUGUAAUCAAAUCCCUUUCAGUAAUUACAGGGAAAAAUAUGCUUAUUUGCUUUCUUGUCGAGAGUCGGAUGAGAAAAUCAAUACCACUCAGAUGUCUGUCGAUCAAACAUGAAGCUAUGUUUGCACAGAAAGACUAAAAUUUACCUAUGAGUGUCUCUGACGCUCCAUAAUUAACACAUUACAGUAUAUUUGUCAGAUUCACACACAAAACAGAAUGUAAGUGACAACCUCUGGUAUCACAAGACGUCAUGCGCUUGGCUGUUCCUUGACUUUCUUGGCACAAUGACUUGCCAGAGUUUCUACAAAUUGUUGUUUUUACUAUGAAAACAUGUUACUUUAGCUUCUCUAGCAGUUAGUGUGCUAAUCUGAGCUAAUUAGCUACUAGAUGUAGCUUAAAGAGCCCAUAUUCUGUACAUUUACAGGUUCAUGAUUUUAUUUUUUGGGAUGUACUAAAAUAUGUUAAUGUGCUUUCAUAUUAAGACAAACUAUUUUUUUCUUAUAGUGUGCAUCAAUGCAGCAUUUUAGCUCCUGUCUCUUUAAGGCUCCCCUCCUGAAAAGAUGAGUCUUCCCUGAUUGGUAUGCUGUCCACAUGAAAGUGAGGCAAUUUUGGUCAUGCCAUAUAUAUAAAUUUAGACAGAGAGACGUAGCCCUAUCAGAGGCGACUUUAUUGAGAAAAUAAGAGCUGCUCAGUUUUUGUCUGAGGGCCAAAAUAGCCACUAGAAAAGGCAUUAUGCAAAUAUGUUACAUGGUGACAUCAGUAAGUAACAGAAUAAAAGCCUGCACUUGAAUUGAGAUGUUUCAGGCACUUAAGGAGCAGUGUUUUCUCUGGGAGAGAAUAACUCCCUUUUGACUUUGUAAGUUUUCAGACCUUUUACAAACACACACAAAAAAAGCUAUUAAGCACUAAAGUAAAGGGGAAAAAACCCUCUAAAAACAUAGUAUGGGCUCUUUAACAGAUAUUGGAGUGGUUUAGAUCUUGUCGUUUAACUCGCACAAGAGCACAAAGGCAAAUAAGAAUUCUUCUCUAACAUUUAAAUCAGUUUCGUAUCCAAAAAGAGUCUCUGUGCACUAUGGUUGCACUCCCGCUCACUUUAUCUAUAGCUAGCCUACUUAGUGUAGCAUUAACCUGUAAAUACUGUUAAGAUGUGUUUCUUCCUCGUGAUUAAUUCCUCAUGUUUACAUUUGGAGAGUCCGUUGAAUGUGCCCCCACAUGUGUCUUGGCUGGUACUAUCGAAAGUUGGAAUUUGUGGAUAUGCUUUGUAAAUGUAAUAAGCUGUUUUAUUUAAAGACAAAUUUAAGCACCUUUGUGUAGUCUUACGUCUAAGCUCGCCCCAGAUACAUGUAUUUCUUAUACUGCCACGGUUAACCAGUUAGGGCCACAUCAGAGGUUAUUUAAUAAUGGUACAUUUUCUUUCUUCUUUUUUUUUUCUUCAUGUGUCAAACACAUGUUUUGUAUUUUUGAUUUGCUGCUUUUGUACAGGGUCCAGUUUGAGACUGCCCUUUAAAUGAAAAGUCUGGAGCUGUUGAAUUGUAUUGUAAUUGAAUUAUAUUCUGGCUGUGAUUAAAUCCAAUUUAGCCUUACUGGACAAUGAGCUCCAGGGUUGGAAAUAAGCUAGAAUUUAGACAUUUGGAGCAGUUUGAGGAGGUAGUUGCCAACAUUUUUAAAGUUAAAAUUAACUUUAUUACCAUUCAAGACGUACAACAGACAGUAAUUACAUUUCUCCAAGCUACAAGUGCAAAAAAACAAAAAGACAAUACAUACACAUCUAUAGACAUAGAGAAUAUAUAUAAAGCACUAUAUAAACAGUGAUAACAAAGAUUGCACAAUGUAAACUAUAGUGGCUGAUUGUUAAGAAAUGUUGCUCUCUUGUGGCAAAUCAGUAAACUGCACUCUGAUAGAAAUCCUAAACUAAAGAAAGCCUCCCUUAAAAGUAUAUUAUUAUUCAUAGUGUGUCUCUGUCAUUGAAGAAGCCCAUAGUACUUUGGGAACAAGAAAAAGAUGUACUCACCAAGGUCUGUUUUUUUCCCCACUUUGCUGUUUUGAUAAGCACUAACCCAAGAGAUAAUACUGAGAUACUGUGGUUAUAGUUUGUGUAUUUGCCUUAUCCAUGGAGGGAUUUGAAUGUGUUUGUGUUCUGGAUAGUGAUAGUAGCUGAUGGUAAAGGAGGAGGGAUAGUAGUUAAAACUACUGAUUUAUGCACUUUGAAUUUGUUUGCCACACUUGCCCAGAAUGGGGCCAUGUAUGCAGAUAUAAGGUGAAAAAUAGGUAGCAGAGAUCUAUACUGAACCGAAAAAUCAACAACUCUAAGCAUUUAUGGACAUUUUUGAAUCCAAAGGCAACAGUUUUGCUUUUGAAUGUACCAUGAAGAGAGUGACACUCAUAAAUUAUUAACAAAAUGUACAAAUUAGUGAAAUUUCUAUGUGUUAUUUGUGCUUAACUGAUCUGACCUGCAUUUGGCUUCCAGAAUAACUUACUUGCUGUGGUGUGGCAUCCUGCACACUGACGAUAACUCGGCUGGAAAGAGUCUGUUAUGUCGGACGCUAAACUCUGUUUCAGUCGCCCUGUUUUAUACUGUCCCACUGUUUAAAAAGCACCUGUGACUCCUCUCAGAGAGUGAAUGCAGUCGCUGUUCAGCCAGUUUCUGUCUGGUUUGUUCUCCGAUCAUUACCAUUAACAAGAGAAAUUAGUUUUCUGUGUUGUCUGUUGGCUCCAGCUAAAGGAGCUUUAAUAUGUGACUGUUAUAUUUCACGCCACGUUAAAAUGUAAAGGAAGGUGUCAGUUGCCAAAUUGAGUAAUGAGAAAGAUAUUAAUUAUAAAAGCACUUUAUACUUCAGUUCAGCUGGAAUGGUUUGAAGGCCGAUAUAGUAGAGGUUGUUCAAAUCAAACGUGCUGAUGACGUGUGUUUUUGAAUAGUUCUUGGGCAAAAGAUUACAGGAAAUCACCAAAAUGCAGUUUUUCUGACAUAAAUGUGUCCUUGGCAGGUGUUUAGAAAAAAGACACAUCAAAAGUGUUUGUUCAGAUCCUGCAGAAAAAAAUGAGUAGCAGCAUUGGAAUCAGAUCAAACAAUCUCCUUAGAAAAAGGGCUUCCAAACCAGUGUAGUAUUAAUAUAAAUCAAACUGUCUGCAUCUUAUCCUUCAUAUUAGAAGUGAAUGAUGCUGAGCAGAAGAUCAGUUUUUAUUAAAGGUCAAAAUGCAUGAAACCCCUUUGUAAGCUGUUGAUAAAUGCUAAAAUGUAAUUUUGAAAAAAAACAAAACACAAUUUUGUACCCCACUUUACACACUAUAUUACAUAUGUAAGGAAUUACACAGUGACCAGAGAAUUGGACUGUAAAGGUUUAAAUUCACCCUAGAAAGCAGAAUUUGUAUGUUCUUUUUAUUGGGUUAUUAAAUCAACUAGUCUUCCCUCAAUCCAUCAGCAAAGACAAAACCUAUCUGUGACAUAAAAGCGACACUUAAUCGAGAUAUAUAGAGAAAAUAUAUCACAGACAGACAUAUUAUCCAUGACGUUCCCCAAAUUCUUAUUUACUCAUUUUUUAAAAUUCAUAUUUUGCAGUUAAAUGGCAGUAAAGCUGAGAUUCUAGUAACUGAGAAGGGAAAUUUUGCACAGUGCACAGGAGUCCUAUAUUCUAGGCAGACUUUAGACUGUAUGUGUUUUAAUUAGCCAAACUCUCCUUUACUAAGGCUAGCAGCCAAAGGCUUGUAUUAGAUUAGGCAAAGGUGGACCUGCCCUUGUCCUUAAACGAGGGUUUUGUCAGUGAUUAAGUGGUUGCCUAGACGCCACAGUGACUGUGCAUUCUGCAUUGCACCCAAGGCGAGUGUUUGCCACAUAAUGAAGCUUUGAGAAGCACUUGGUUCAGAGCAGAAAGUGCUCAUUGGAUCACCAAGUCGGGUGUCUGCUGGGACGUGUAGUUUUGGGUUUAGCUGCUAAAGUUGAAGUGUGUACCCAAAAGAAUUUGAUUCUGUGGCCUUCACCUUCAAGAAAAGUGUUGGGAAUGUUGGUUUCUUAUUUUAGAAACAAUUAAAAUUCCUCGAGGAUAUUGGAGAGAAAGUAUUGUAUGUAAGAAUUUAAAGAAAUGUGUUGGUGUUAUUUUUGUUUGUUUUAAUGAGGAUUUUUUUUAAUCUGCCCAUUUUUGGGCAAAUGUAUGGAGCCCCAUAACUGACAAAACUGAUGAUAUCAUCACAUAAGGUUGUUAUUUAAAUAGUUAAAACAAAGUGUAAAAAGUAGGGUUGCAAUGACUCAGUUAAAUGAGUCUUUUUUCAGGUACUUAUUUUUUAAAAAGGCCAAAAUUCAGUAAUUCCAGCCUCUCCAUUAUGGAAAUUUAUCGGUUCCCUUGUCCCCUUGUCUUCUAUGAUAGUACUUUUACUGUUUUCUGAAUUACAUUGACAAAGAAAUAACCCAUAAAUUGAAGAAUGAAUCAGCAGACUGAUCAUUCAUUAAAAUGGUUGCAGACCUAGAAAAAAAAAGUAAAGCUUUUAACGUUUUCAUUAAGUUCUAAUCAGUUGGUUAUGCAUUAGGAAAAUUGGAAAUAUGGUGAGGAAAAUGCAAAAAAGAAAAAAACAGAAUAAAAAAAAUCAAGAAAUAAAGAAAACCCAGGAGCAAAUAAGUACUGACAUACUGAAAUUAAAAAAAAAGUUUCAUCUACCAACAUUUAACAGUUAAAGUCGUGUAGUUUUUUUUUUUUUUUUUUUUUUUGCAUUUCAGUUAAACUGAAUCUGUCUGUGCAUAUUGUCAGGUUAUGGGCUCCAUAGAAGCUAAACAAAUUUCAAGUGUUGCUCCCUAUUUUUCAUGUGAAAAGUUUUGGUUAGUUGUUUUAAUACAGUUGUUUUAAUACAGUUGUUUAAUGGUGACUGUUCCCCUUUUCUGGGCAAAGAUAUAUGUGACGAUAACCGUAGGCGGCGAUGCCAUAGUCAACUCAAAGAUGUAUUAUCCACAUACCCUCUCCAGUGCAUUUCCCAUACUUACUCAUACUGCAGCUGUGUUAAACAAAUCAUAAUGUGUACUGUUAUUUGCUGAUUCUCUACUUUAUAAUGUAAACACUAUGUCUUAGUUAACUCUGGUGUACAAAGCCCAUGUGUAGGCAGUAGUUGUCACGUUCAGCUAUAUGAAAAUACUAAAAACAGUACAAGGACAGUAGUGUCUAGAGGUGCUAAUAACAUUAGACUGUAUUUUCUGUCUUUUAUUGUAUUAUUGACUAGUGUUUACCGUCUGUAACACAGCAGAGCGUAAUGAAAUCAUUUCAAUAUUAAACAGUAUAGAUAUAUUAUUGCAAAUGGA